AUCUUAUGUGUUUUUUUUCUAUUAUUGUAAUCUCUGUCCUGUGUGUUACUACCUUUGGCUUUCCUAGAAAUUGGUAGGUAGAUAGUACUCUGUUGUGUGUGUGUGUGUGUGUGUGUGUGUGUGUGUAUGAAUGAAAUUUGGAGAAGGAAAUAAUUUUUACCUAAUAAUAAAAUAUAUUAAAGGGUUGACUUAUUACUUCUAUAUGCUUGAGAUUUAAUAGCCAAACAUUUAAAAAUUUCAUGAAUUACUUGGCUUCUCUGGUUUGCAUUUGUUUUUUGUAGUUAAUUUGCAAGUUGUAAACGAAGCUUUCUGAAAUUAAAAUAUUAGGGUGGUAGGGGAAAUUAUUUUUAAUAUGUAAAUAAGUGAGCAUUUGCCCCUAUAUAUACAAUAUUAAUUGUAUUACAUAAAUAAAAGCUAUGCAUUUUGCCAAAUUGGGGAUAAAUGGUAUUUGUAAGAAAAAUAUUCAUAAUUUAAUCUCUGACGUAUCCUCGUAAGGUAAUUCACCUUGUUGCUGGGACCAUUAUUUUAUAUUCAGUGUGACUGCUGUGCAACUGAAAUUUAUGUUUUUAUUUUAAUGGCUAGCUUUUCUUGGAGGGUAGGUUGGGUAAUUGAAGAAAAAUAAUGGAAAGUAAUUUUCCAAGGCCUCCAUCAAGGAAAUAGAUGUUGAAGAUGGGAACAAGGCCAAAGCCUUACAGAGCUAAUUAUUACUAAUACUUAUUUUUUAGUAACUUCUAUUUACAGAGUCAUUCACAUAUAAUAGGCUGUGCUGAAUUUGACAGUUCUAGUGUGUGAUUAACUUUUAUUCAGAGUACAGAUUAUGGCAUGUGUACAUGGAUUUUAGAAUAGGUUAUUAUAAUUUAAAUGUCUUUAAAACUUGUUUUCACUAGCGGAUGGUAAAUGUUUUACAACAUAAAAAAUUUACCUGGAACAAUUUAAUGAAUUUUCAUGUCAUGUUUUAAAAACGUCUUUUAGAAACCAGGUUAAUAUUAAAAUAACCUAGUAUAUGGUGAACAUUGCUGUGCUUCGAAAGUUUUAUACUUAUUUCAGAAUGCCUAUUCUGGGAUGUCAGAAACAUUAUAGUUAGAUACAGUGAGCUCCAUUCUGUUGGUUUUGAAGUCCCAGAAUAGCACAUUCUGUAUUUUUUUUCAGAUAAAUUUGAAAGUCUUUUCCCAUGCCUGGGGGUUAGAAUGGAGUAGGGGGAAUAAAAUGGGUUAAAGGUAAUUAUUUGUUGAAUCCCCAUCCUUACCUGUUGAUCUGUAAGUGGACCGUGAGCCCACAGUUGGAGAGCAAGGUGAGAAAGCUGGUAAUGGUUUAGUUGUGCAUAUCAAGUUCCUAUCAGUUUCAUGCCAGGUAAACUGCACAGGAAAAAAGAAAUUACUAUAUUAAUUGGGAAUAUUAAUCAUAUCUGAAAAUUAUGCCAUCACCAGCACAGGACCUUGUAUUAUGUUAGCUCAUUACUGAAUUGGAAGGAAGAAUACUUACCAGUGUUGCUUCGUUGGAACCUUGCUAUAUUCCAUUGAUUUUUUUCAUCUAUUUGAGAAGCCCAGACCAUUAUUUGUCAUAAGUUUUCAAGGUUAUGGGUGUGUAAGAGGUUCCCUUUUUUGUUUGUUUUGCUUAAUAAAGAUUAAUAAAUGCAAAUUUAUUAUAAUAGCCCUUGGAGUAUUACUAGUGUUGCCAUUUUGAGACCAUUUCACUGGUUUUGAACAUGAAAGUUUAGUUGUAUUUUAGAGCACUGACUGAUAAAAUAAUUGGUAUUAGAGAAGCAUUCAGAUACACAUUUUUCACUAGUUUAACUAAAUACCACAGAAUGACUUUAUAGAAACUGAACUAUGUUACAGUGAGCUGUCAAAGAUCUGAUUAUGUGCUGCAAGCAAAGUUAUGAUGUAUUGUUAUACUAAAAGAGUAGCAAAGUGAGUUUGAAGUAAACCAAAGUGAAGAGUUCCCGUGGAGUAAGUUCUCUUAGAGGAGAUGGGUGCUGUAAACAUUCUUGUGUUCACUUUACUGACUGCAUUCUUUCUUUGAUGUUACAGAAACAGCAUUAUGAAAGAAAUGAGAAAACCAUAGAAACAGUUUUAAGAAAAUUUUUUCAGUUUCUUUCAAUUUGCUGUUUUUGUAAUGCAGACAGUUUUGUAACAAGCUCCUAAAGCUGUAUAAGUAAUGUUUGGUGUGUAAGUUUCAUACAGAGUAAGCAUUAACUAUUGUUAAUGAAACAUGCCAUUUCAAAAUAAAAUAUACUUUCAUUAUACUUGUCCAGAUAUGACCUUUUUGUUGUUGCGUGCAUCUCAGAUUUCUUUUUUAUAAAUGUUAACACUUAGAAAAAGAUAAGGUCAAACAUAACAAGGGUGUCAAGCCUAAUCAUCAGUCGUAACUUUAUGUCCACAUUUUCUGGUAGAUGGAUUUUGACUAUUAAUUUGGUUUUGUAUGUUUUCUCUAUGUGAUAUUUGUGCAUUAUUAGAUGACUAGACUGGCCAAGGCAGACCUGUUACACUUGCCUGAGUUAGGCAUUGUUUGCCAUGCCACUAAACCUGCCGUCAAGUGAAACCUUCAUUGGGGAAAUGAGAUCGGAGUCUGAACCGCAGAAGAUGGACGCCCUGUCUCUGUUUUUUAUUGUUUUACUUUAAUUUCAUUUCUUUUUCUUUAUUUUGUCCCUUUUUUUUGUUUUUGUUUUUGUUUUUGUUUUUGUUUUGUUAAAUCUCUUUCACUUUAACUUGUGAGCUGGUUUUCCAGUUCUUUGUAAAUGGUAUUCCAUUAAGGGUUCAUAACAUUGCUUUGCAGAUUAUAUUGGGAGAUGAUUAGCAGAGCUCAAGCUUACGAUAAAGUAAAUUUUCAUAGUAAACUAGGAUACAGUGUUGUGAAGCUCAGUGAGUCUUAAUUGGUAUUAUAGACUGCACAGGUACAUUUUGUUCUCAAAACACUAAAACACUGGUAGAAUUGUUAGGAACAUUUUGUGAUCUCAUUGCAACAUUUUUGCAGUUUUUCUCCCAAAUCUACAUCUUUCAUAAAAACCAACUGAUAGUUUUUAAUUUUCAUCCUUCCCUGUAGAAUUUUAAGCAUACAAAAUCCUCAAGGAAAAUAAGUAAAUUUCUUAGAAAAUAACUUACUUCCUUGACUUAUGAAGACUUUUACUUGCCUGCAUGGGGAAUGGAUAUUUGAGAAGCUUGAAAACUUACUUUCAUGUAUGUUUCUCUGCUUGAAUUUUUUGAAAAAUUUUCAGAUGUUACCAGCUUCUAAAUGGAAUCUGAGGAUUAGGAUUAGUACUUAAUUUUAAUACCAUGAGAGCUUUUUUUCCUCUCAGUUGUUUUUGAGGAGUAUAGUUUGGGAAAAAUGCUAAAUGCUUGUUUGCUUUAUACUUUGAUAUACUCUGAUAGUAUUUGGAAGGUAAUUUUGAUAGAAUUCUGUCUUGGAAGUUAAGCAAUGGGACUUUUUUCUUAAAGGAUCUUUAAUGGUAAUUAGAAUUAAAACAUGUGCCUACCUAUGGUUAGACUUAAUAUUUAUAAUAGUUUAUUACUACUGUGAUAGGCAGUGAGGGUCAGACAACCUAUUGAUAAGUGAGUCUUUGUAAUAUUAAGUAUUCAACUUUUAGCCUGUGUUGAAUACGUUGUGUAGUUUUACUACACUGUCUUAUAGACACUUAUGCUUAUUUAAUUGACAAGUAAUUCUAAAUUGGGAACAUUAACAGAUUGAAACUGUUUGUUUUUUGGGUGCACACAUUAGGGUAAUGAAGCAUAAGAUUUACACUGUGGAACCUCAAUUGAUUUAUCAAGAUGUGUUCAGGUUUUAUAAGCAUUUGAAAAAUAAUACGUAAAACGGGUCCGGUAGUAAUAUAAAUAGCUUAGUAUAUAUGUGGGUAUACAGAUACGUGUAUUAAUACCAAUAACAUAAAAUAAAUUCUUGUUAUUUCAUGUCUUCAGUAAGGCCUACCUACAUUUUAUUUAUAUUUAUGCAUGUUUAAAAAAUUCUUUGCUUGUGCAGAAUUUACAUGAAAUAAAAAGAUAACUGUUUUUGAAAUUAGUACAUUAAUGGAGACUUAGAUGUUGCAAAAUUUAGGGAAAAGGCGUUUGUUAAAGCUAAUCAAAUGUAAUUUUUCUGUUAUAACAAAGGUGUAACCAUUAUUUAAAGCAAAAUUUAAAAGCUGUCUUGAAUUCCAUCCAUGUUUAGAGGUAUAUGCAGAUAAUAUUGUUUAGAGAUUUAUCCUGCACAUCUGGUUGUUUUAAAUAGAAUUUCUUCCUCUAAAAUCCAGCAUGGUGCUUUUGAAACGUACUCCAUAUGCUAUUUCCAAUUUAGUGUGACUUUGUACGCUGUGUUUUAAAUUAUUUUUGAAGACUCCAUAAUGGAAGUGUAUAGCCAACUACCACAUAAUUAUAAGUAGUUCUUCUAAAAUCGGUAUCUGUAGUCAACUUUUUAAGAACUAUUUUAGUGGGGGCGGUAAGAGAGAGAGGACACAAUGGGAAAACGUGUGAAAGUUGCAGUUCUUAUCAAAAUUAAUUGGUUAGAUUUUAAUAGUUAAAUACAGCAAAUUGAACUUAUUUUUAGAGUAGAUUUUUCGUUAAUUGUAGGGAUUUUUUUUUAGUGUCUAAGAAUAUUUUAGUGUUUUUGUCGUUAUUUUUAUUAGGCAGUUAAGAUACUUACAAGCAAGACAUUUAGGCAUUAACCACCCCUCUUCAGACAAGGAUACAUAAAUUGGUUCUAAAAGUCAGGAGUUUAAGAAGUUUCCUGAGACUAGGGAACUUUUAUUGUUAGGAAUUCUCAAAAAUUUUAAGUUUCCCAAGGCAUAUUCUUUGAAAUUGGAUUCUUUUAGGCGUCUCUGACCUAGUUGGUGAGAUGUCUUCUUAACUGGAUGGGUGUAGGCUUCCUUUUAAAUUGAAGCUGAUUGCUUGCAGUAGGCUUUUGUUUUUUUCUGUCUACUUGAAAGUGAAUGGAAUUUAUUGGGAGGUUAUUAAAAUUGUUUGCAUCACCAGUAGGUAGGUUUAGUAACCAGGAUAGGGGCACCCAUUAAGGAACAAAUUUCAAUUCGCACAUAUUUGUUUUUCCUUUUCUUUUUUUUGACUAAUUUGGUUAUUUGCCAUUUCUGGGGAUUAAACUUUAAAAAAUGUUCUUCUUUUCUGUAUCUGAUGUUCUGUGUGCUAUUAGUGAUGCAGCCAACACGAACGGUUGUCAUGUGUAACACAACUUUCGAUCACCGCGAAAACACCGUCCUGGGAAAGCGUCCAUGCUUGAUAUCGUUUGGUUCAUGAACAUUAAGUUUCCAGUACAGGUAAAAUUCCAGAGGAAUCCAAAGCUCUCUCUUUAUUGGCUCCUGCUCCAACCAUGACAAGUCUCAUGCCUGGUGCAGGCUUGCUUCCCAUUCCGACCCCAAAUCCCUUGACUACAUUGGGUGUUUCCCUUAGCAGUUUGGGAGCUAUACCAGCAGCAGCACUAGACCCCAACAUUGCAACACUUGGAGAGAUACCACAGCCACCGCUUAUGGGAAAUGUGGAUCCUUCCAAAAUUGAUGAAAUUAGGAGAACAGUCUACGUUGGCAAUUUGAAUUCCCAGACAACGACAGCUGAUCAACUUCUUGAAUUUUUUAAACAAGUUGGAGAAGUGAAGUUUGUGCGGAUGGCAGGUGAUGAGACUCAGCCAACUCGGUUUGCUUUUGUGGAAUUUGCAGACCAAAAUUCUGUACCAAGGGCCCUUGCUUUUAAUGGAGUUAUGUUUGGAGACAGGCCACUGAAAAUUAAUCACUCCAACAAUGCAAUAGUAAAACCCCCUGAGAUGACACCUCAGGCUGCAGCUAAGGAGUUAGAAGAAGUAAUGAAGCGAGUGCGAGAGGCUCAGUCAUUUAUCUCAGCAGCCAUUGAACCAGAGUCUGGAAAGAGCAAUGAAAGAAAAGGCGGUCGAUCUCGUUCCCACACUCGCUCAAAAUCCAGGUCUAGUUCAAAAUCCCAUUCUAGACGAAAAAGAUCACAGUCAAAACACAGGAGUAGAUCCCAUAAUAGAUCACGUUCAAGACAAAAAGACAGACGUAGAUCUAAGAGCCCACAUAAAAAGCGCUCUAAAUCAAGGGAGAGACGGAAGUCACGGAGUCGUUCACGUUCACGGGACAAGAGAAAAGACACCCGAGAAAAGAUCAAGGAAAAGGAAAGAGUGAAAGAAAAAGAUAGAGAAAAGGAAAGGGAAAAAGAGAGAGACAGGGAGAAGGAACGUGAAAAAGAAAAGGAACGGGGUAAAAACAAAGAUAAAGACCGGGAAAAGGACCGGGAUAAAGACAAGGAAAAAGACAGAGAGAGAGAGCGGGAAAAAGAGCAUGAAAAGGAGCGAGACAAGGAAAAGGAAAAGGAGCAGGACAAAGAAAAGGAACGGGACAAGGACAGAUCCAAAGAGAUAGAUGAGAAAAGAAAGAAGGAUAAAAAAUCCAGAACACCACCCAGAAGUUACAAUGCAUCAAGAAGAUCUCGUAGUUCCAGCAGGGAAAGGCGUAGGAGGAGAAGCAGGAGUUCUUCCAGAUCACCAAGAACAUCAAAAACUGUAAAAAGGAAAUCUUCUAGGUCUCCAUCCCCUAGGGGCAGAAAUAAGAAGGAUAAAAAGAGAGAAAAAGAAAGGGACCACAUCAGUGAAAGAAGAGAGAGAGAACGUUCAACCUCUACAAGAAAGAGUUCUAAUGACCGAGAUGGAAAGGAAAAGUUGGAGAAGAAUAAUACUUCACUUAAAGAGAAGGAACACAAUAAAGAACCAGAUUCAAGUGUGGGCAAAGAAGUAGAUGACAAGGAUGCACCAAGGACUGAGGAAAACAAAGUCCAGCAAAAUGGGAAUUGUCAGCCAAAUGAAGAAAACCUCUCUACCAAAACAGAAGCAGUGUAGGACUGACAGAUGCACCUCUAAACACACGCUGGAAUAAAAUCCAAAGCUAUUAAUUCUUCCAACAAGAUGUUAUACAGUGAAGAAAUCCAGUUGAGUAUGAAGAUAUGAACUAACAGCUUUUCUAGUUGUUAGGUGACUUUGUGGCCAUCUUGUUACUGAGUAAGAAAAUAAAGCAUGGACAUCGUGAAAAUAACAGGUGUUACCCAAACUCCUCAUCUUCUAGAAUUUGUGCAUUUCCAUGGUGGCUGACACACUUGUCAUGUGGUUUGUUAGUGUUUGCCAAGAACCAUUGCAAAUAAAUGGGACGUCAAAGAUCCAAAUUUGUACUGUCCACAGAGACUGGAGAUAAGCAUUGGAGGCUCUUUUAAAAAAUGGUUGUUACUGAAUUUUGUAUUGUUUUACUUUUUUUUUUUUUUUUAAUUUCAAUAUAUACAGAUUUGAUGAUGUGCUUGAAAUCGGUGCAAAUAUAUACACACCCUUGUAAGUGCAGAGUAUGUAAGAAGUUUUAACAUUUACUUCACAGGAUUUACGGUGGUUGUGUUAAAUUCUCACUAUUGUGUUUUCUUUUGCUCACUGUUUAGGACAACAGUUUUUUGUUAAAAUAGUUUUACAGACUAAAAUUGCUUAAAUAAGUGGAUUAACAAACAACUGACAAUGCAUGCUACUGUUCUCUUUCAAAAGGAAGAGCAACUGUAUUGAAUACUAAUAAUAAUGGAUUAGUAUUCAGCGUUUAGAAUCAUUGGGUCUCCUCACAAAGUAAGCAUUUCCUUUUGAACUUUUUUUGACAUUUCCAAGCUUAUUAUGAAUAAUAUUGCAGUGUGUGUUGUCAGCUGUAGGUGGCAAAGGUGCCAUUAUUAAAAGAAAACUGGGUUUUCAAAACGGGCUAUGGGAGCACAAGCUGAAGCUUUAGUGCCUUCUACAAUGUGGUAUACUGUUUUCUAGAAUUUUAUAUGUGCUAGUCAUUCUCAAUUCAUACGAAACUUAGAUGGAUAUUUCAUUCACUCCCAUAGAGAAAGUGUCCAAAAUAGUGUGUCAGAGAAGAGCUUCUUACAUAGCUCACCUAACAUGAGGGAAGUCCUGCUUUUAAGAAUGACUUCAGAGCUUAAAACAACAAUGCAGUUUUGGGACCAUCAGUUUUAUACUGUGAUAAUUGAAUAUGAAGCAUGUUCUUACUUUACUUAAAUCAGAGCGAACACUUUCGUUGUCUCCAUUGGAUGGCCUUAAUUAUUACCUCUUAAUCAUCUUCUCGUAAGUGAUGUGCAGAAAUUAUAUGUAAAACAGAACACGUGAGAUUAUUUGUUUUAAGGAUAUGUUUACUUGAGUUUAAAAUAUAGGUCAUCCGUUACUCUUAGGCUCACUUUUUGCAGGAAGUAUGCAAGUAGUAAAAUGACAACAUUGCUAAUAUUUUCCCCAAAGCCAUAACUCAUAAUUUCAGAAAUCUUUUCAUUAUUGUUGUAUUCCCCCAAAAGUUAUACCUUUCAAUUAGCAUGUUAUUAAAAAAAAAUCAAGUAUAAUUAUUUUAAUGCAAUCUAAUACAAUCAAAUUACUCCGUUGCCUUACCUCAUGGGAAGAGUUACUUAUAGAUUUAAAAAGCUGAGUAGCACAUCAGUUACUUGGUUUCAACUUGAGUUUUCUUUUAAUGUUCAUACUAUUGAAACUUAAGUAUUUGAUAGAAAAUGGAAAGAAUUGCCCUUAUUGCAAGUAAUGAAGCCUGGUUUGAUUAUGAAGCUGCUUAAUUACUCUUCAUGUGUUCAGAAUUACUGUGUUUUUUUUUCCUUUUUGUCACCGUGUACAUUAAAAUUUUUGAAAAUGCUUUACUAUGUAAAGUAUAGAUGGUCAUUUUAAUCAUUCAACCACAUACGGUUGGCUGGUAAACAGCUUAUUCUGAUACAAGAAUGCUUGGGUGCAUAUGGAAAGAUUGUGAGUGUGUGUCUUGCAUCAACAGCUGUCUUAUUUAUAAUAUGUAGUAGAAUAGAGCAAAUGUUUGAAUCUUUGUUAUUUUUAGUACCAUUUCUCUAAUAAAGCUAAGUAUUUUAGAGGAGAGUAUUUGUUUAUGCAUUUCAAAACAGCAUCUUAGUUUAUCAUGUCUCUCUUGUUUUAGUUGGCAUAGAAAUUGUUUCAACGUGGAGAAAACAUGUUUGUGUGGUGUUUUGAGUUAUUUCUUGUACUCGGACUCAAUGUUUCCUUUGUUGGCAGUUAAUAUAAUUAGGUUCCUGCUACUAAUUAUUUUUCUUGCUGAUGAUAUUCAGUUUUAAAAUACUUCUUUUGAAAGACACUGAUUUGUAAAAGGAGGACAUGAAUAGGAAUAUAGGAGAUCCAGAGAGAGUGAAACAUGUUCUUAAAUGUCUUUAUGGAAGCAAAGUUUUCUAGGGCUUGGAGGUAUUGGAGUGAGUGUGUGCGAGAGAGAGAGAUUGAGAGAGAGAGAGAGAGAGGGAUAGGUUUUCUUUUCUUUGUUCACUUAUAGGAGCCUGGUAGGUUUCCAUUUAUUUGUUACUUUCUUUCAAGGUAUUUUGUUUUUUCUUUAAGACUAUUCUUUUUCAUCCCAGGUAGAUGUCAGGAAAACUUGAGGUAAGGCCAAGAAGACAGUAAUUGUAUACUUGAUCCCUUUUUUAAUUACGUUUUUUUUUUAGCUUGAUUAUACAGAGAGUACAUUCUGUUCCUUAAUUGUGGUUGCUAUUUAUCAUUCUAGACAAAUUCUGUUGAUCCUCAUGUUUCUUUUCACAGUGCAUGAUGAAUUAUUUAUAUUAAGGUGGACCUUCAUAAUAAGGUGACCAGUUUUAUGUGUGAAAACAAGCAUAAAUCCUUAACUUCUGCAUUUGCCUCUGUAUUAUUUCUCCAUCUAGUCUAAUUUAUAAUUGCAAACACUAGUCAACUUGUGAUUUUGUUUAGAAUUCUUACAUUCAGUAGUUUCAAUCUAUACCAUAUUGAUCUUCAGAAGUGUCAGAGGCUUAAAUUUUGACAUGCUUAAAAGAAAAAUUCAAGUUUAGAAUCCUUUCUUGUCAAGAAAGUAACUUCAUUUGUGACAUUAUUUGCAGGACCUCAUUCAUUCCUAUAUAUAUGUUGCUAUCUUUAUCUUAAAACUUUAAAAAGUCUUUAAAUCAGCCCUGAAGAUACUAUUUAAUUUUAAGAAUUACAAUAUGUAGUAAUAGGCCCUUAAUCAUUUAAAAAAAUGUAUUAGAAGUAAUAUGAUUUGAUAAAAUCAUAUUUUUAUGAUUAGUCUUGUUAGUGGUUGACUUAGCUAUUAGUAUGAAUCCUUUUGGAAGGAUGCAUUAAAUAACAUUUCAGUGCAUUAUUUCUUAUAUUUUCACUAAAAGAUAGUAUCUGAUUUUAACGGACUGGGUUAUGAAGUAGAGCCGUGUCCACAAAGUAUGUUCCUUAUAUGUUUAACUAUUUUUUCUUUUCACUACCUACAUACUUAGUGUCCUCACGUUUAUUUAGCUAGUGUAAUAAUUCAUUUAAAAUUGCUUAUUUUCAAAUUUCAAAAGUUAGGGCUCUUAAAAGGGCUAAAUUAGAUUUCUGGAAGCAGUAGUAAGUAUAGUGUAAUAUAAAGUCUUUUAAAAUAAAAUUGACUUCCUUACCUAAUUUUGGGUUUGUGGGUGAAUUUUUCUUAAAUACGCUCUUAUUGGUGAUUUUUGCCUGAAGAUUGAUACCUUACUUUAAAAACAAAAGCUAAAGCUAUUGAUGGUUUUUUGGUCCAUAUUCAGUUAGGUUGGUAGUAAGUAAUAAUUACAUUUCUUUCCAUUCUAUUUUAAGGUAUUUUUGUAUUUCCUAGCAAGUAAUUUAUCAUAAUAAUUAGUUUAUAUCUAAGAGAACAUUUCUUGAUAUAUUGUUUUUAAACACAGGGUUUUAGUUUGUUUCCUGAUUUUUAAAUUAACUUUGUAUGUAGCUAACAUUUUAAUUUUGAAAAUUGCCAACUUGUGGGAAACUUCACAUAUUUUACUGCUAAGAUUUAUUUCCCUGGGAUUGGAAUGGAAUAGUAGUUCUCUCCAUUCUUAACUUUCUUUUGCUAGAUAGAUAAUUUCUUGACUCUAUGUGCAAGUUCAAAUUUAUGAAAAUCAUGCUGAAAGAAUUAGAAUUGAAGAGAUGGAGUUCCAUCAACUUGAGGCAGCGUGGUAGGCAACAAAUGGUUGGGGGGCAAUCUGCAGAACUCCCUGAUUUCCACAGAAGAUUACAUCUGGGUGUAUUGUGUCGUUGUAUAGGUAGUUCAGUUUAAUAGUUAAAUAUUCUUCUUCUUAAUCUUACAAUAGUGUUCUUUACAUGAUGCUAUGGGUUAUCAAGGGAAGAGUUUAACAUGUAAACAUAAGAUGCUGCAUAGGUCGUGUAUAUUUAUGUGAGUAGGGCUACUUCUAAGUGGUACUAGUAAAGAUUUAUCAAAUGAUGCUGCUAUUGUGUUGCUAUAUUUUUAAUAAAAUGAAAACCUUAAAAUCUCA